CCGUCUGAUUAAUCGUCAGACGUUACCAGAACGUACCCUCCCACAAAUUACGCCGAAAAUAUACCGAGGAAAGAAAAAAAAAUAAUAAUAAGUUGUCGUUUGUGAAGUCGGGACCAUGGCCCUGGGUGACUGUUGGAAGCAGUUAUCGUGGUUUUACUACCAGUACCUUCUGGUGACGGCGCUGUACAUGCUGGAGCCAUGGGAGAGGACCGUGUUCAACUCCCUGCUGAUCUCCGUGGCCGGCAUGGCCGUUUACACUGGCUACGUCUUCAUGCCUCAGCACAUCAUGGCCAUCCUGCACUACUUCGAGGUCGUCCAAUGACACGACGACUCCAUCAGUCCACUGGCUGGUCCCGUCUGUGUCUGGCUUCCUGUCCGUACGUCUGCCUGCCUGCCUGUCUGUCCCGCCUGGGUUUGAGGUGGGGACUGUUUCCAACCAUGUUGAGGCAGAACGUCUCUCCUUUCCUAAACUUAAUUCAAUAUCAAAGGUCAAAGCUCUGAAUGUCAUGCCGGAGGCCAAGUUGGAGGAUGUUAUUCUCUAGGACUGUUUCUUCUUCACUUGUCUGAAUUAUUUUCUGAUUGUGAACAGUGUUGGACUUGGAGCCGAGGCCUUGGGAAAGUGUGCUUAGUGUUUUGUUUUUUAUUUUUAUUUUUUUAUUAAAUCAUCUCCUUGAACCAAGUGCACCUUACAGGUUUGAAAAUGUGUAAUUACAUGGAUGUCUGGUCGUGUGGAGUGACUGGACAAUUUUAUUUUUAUUCCGUUGAGACAUCAAACCAUUGCUGUCUUAGAGUUUUAUUCAGGAGCAGGAAACAGCGGCUGAUGGAGAAAAUACUUCACGAGCCAAACAUAAUUAUUAGAGCAGCAUCAGAUCUCUGAAUGAGGCCUGUUUGUUUUGUCAAAGUGGGCAGUAACUGCUGCGAAGGAACAUCUUCAGCCAAUUUCAACCUCCACCAUCAUUUUCCAGCACUUUUAAAGUCUCUCUUACGAAUGAGUCAUGUCAGCUGCAAUGCACAGUUUGCUUUUUGCACUUUUUGCAGAGCAAAAUCUGUGUAUGAUCAGAACAUUUAACCAUAGUCUAAGCCUUUCUUCAGAAGUGUUUAAUGAUGCACAAAUUUGACCAACAUCUGUUUCAGUGUUUUGUCAUGAUCAAAAAAUGUAAAUUGGCUAAAGCCAUGUUCCCCUUUCAGAGACCCACUGCCUCAGUGGUCUGAUGUGGCCCUAAAAAGGGGCUUUCCACCAGAAGAGUGGCUUCUCAGCUUGGGGGGAUCUGACUCAGAAACCCACAGAAACAUAUUUUCAUUUUUCCUGGCUUUUCUCAAGUCUUUGCUUUUUCUUGUGCCGGAGAUGUUUACUCUCUCAGAGCUAGAAAUUACUUUAUAAAAUGUGAGAAGUAGCCAUAUCUCUGUUGUUAGACUGCUCACACCUCAAAGACAUAUGGAACCUGUAGGGAACGGGGAGACAGUGUGUGGCUAUGAGGGGUCACAGGCCAAAAAGGUUGGAAACGACAGCUCUAGAGAACUGCAGGCUUUUAGCAGUGUCUCCAGUGUGUUGGACUUUAAUUUGAAUGGCCCUGCCAAAUAAAACGAACCCCACCCAAAACAUUUUAAUAUUGUUAUUUACAUUUUUCCUUUCUACAGUCAAACUAUCGUUGAAACAUCAGAAUGAUUGAAAAGUCUGCCUGAAUGGUGCUCGUGCAGUUGUAUAAAUUGGAAUGACGACUUCCAUAACUUGAAGUUGGGCCCUUUAUAUAUUUAUUGUAAGUAAAUAUAAUUUGCAGCUCAUAAUUUUACUUCAGAAUUAACACUCCAGUCAUGCAGCACCUGCGCCGAUCUGUAUCAUUGGCAGCCAAAUUAACACCAGUGGACGCAGCAGUAAACUGCAUUUGGAUUGUAAACACAGUUUAUCUGCCUGCAGGUGCCCGAGUGUGGGGGGUAUGUUUUCAUUACAAUCAGCGCAAGUUCCUGCUCAUUUUAAAGCUUAGCAGCUGGCAGGUAGUGGAUUCUGUGAUACCGAAGAAUGCAAAAGAUACACCAGUCCGCCAAAUGUGGCCCCAACAAGGUCACAUUUGGAGGAGCCUUUGGACGGUAACAUUCCUAAUGUUAAUGAAAUAUUUUGUCUUAGACUUCAAAAGAAAUAAAAGAACAUGGUUCUCUUUAUCCUGCAGGGUUCAAGUUGAUCAUGGCUUCUUUACCCGUAGCUGCAGCUGCUUGUAAAUAUGCAACACCUCUGUAAAAGCUAACGGUGAUAGUUACCAGGUGAGGGAUGAAGUGUGUGAAUCUCAUUAUAGAGCGUAGCCCUGGAAAGCUGGCGUUUAGUGUGAUGGAAAAAGAUAGUUAACAGGUUGAAAAUGACACAAUUGUACUUUAAAUUCCCGCCGUUAUUGUAAACCUGCACAGCAGGCAACGUUAACAGUUUCCUCUUUGCACAGAAAUGUUAGAGGUGUAAGAAGUUCCAUUUUUAUGUAAUCAUAUUUUAUAAUAUGUACUCCUACUGCUACUGGUAUCCCUUGGAAAAUUGUGAUUAUUUUUCCCUGCAAAAUUGUGUAUUUUUCUCAAUUAUGUGUAUAUAAUCUUGUAUACAUAUUUGUAAAGUUUUGUAGCCGGAUAUGUUGGCGUGUAGAAUAAAAUAUUUGUGGUUUUUGUGAGCUACUGACGCUAUAAAUACUGUUCUAUAACACUGAAAAUCAUUAAAGGGAUAUUUCACAAAGCUAAA